AUGCUUUUCCCGCACCUGUUCCUGGUGUGUAGCUGCUUCCUGGGUGCAGUGUCGCACCCUGCGGCUAAAGGGGGUCCCGGGGGCGCACAUUCCCCAUUGGAUUACUUUUCAGACGACACGGAGCAAGAGGACACGCUCUCGCAGCACAUGUUCAGACUGUACGAGAAGAGCAGCAGGGAGAAGCGGCUCAGAGACGGCAACACAGUCAGGGGCCUCAGAGCCACGCCAGAGCCAUCAGAUCAAAGGAUUGUAUACAGACUGAACCUCACAAGCCUGCAGGAGUCCGAGGUCAUCCUCUCGGUUACAUUUCACUUCCUGCUGGAGCAGCGCUCGCCUCAUAAGCCAUGGUUCUGUAAACGCUUCAAGAGCUCUUUAUGUCAUUCUCCAGCCGCCCACUUGGCCAUGCCCCUCAGUCUGCUCCUUCGCUCUGUUCCCUCUGUGUCAGAGGUUGGUUUUGGGUCAACAGGGUCACUCCUUGGCAACAUAACCUUCCACCCCCACAGGAGAGGGGUGUGGCAGAUGAAAGAUCUAACCCAGGUCAUAAAGGAGGCACGGGACAGGGGUCAUCUGCUUCUAUCACUGGAGAUGGAUGUUGGAUUGCAGUACCACAAGAGCCCUGUGGAGGCGCGCUCCACAGGAAGUCUGCCUUACUUUUUGAUCUAUGCGGAUGAUAAAGCACUUGGGGAGCCUAACAGCGUAGCAGCAAGUCUUCAGAGAUACGACCCAUUUGUGGAAGAGGCCUCUAUAUCCCCACCACACAAACCAAAGUCUGCUCAAGGCCGUGUAAGGAGAGCCCUCAUCCAGAACAAUGAGCUGCCUGGUGUCCACUACAAACUUGAUGGGUACAGGAAGGAGGACAUGCUGGAAAACUCUUGGUAUCUUGGACUUAAGGUUAAACCAGGAGAGAAACAGAAGAAAAAGAGCCACAAGGAUAAGAUAACUGACCAGAGUAAAAAAGAAGAGUUGUUAAGAGAAGUAGAACAAGCCUCCAUGAAAAUCCACAAGGAGGAGUCCACAAAACACCUCGAACAAAGGGAAGAGAAGAGGCACAGUGACAAAAAGCAGAAAGGCAGUUUAACUCAAGAAUCUCCACUUUUGGAUUUUGAUGAAAAGACAAUGCGUAAAGCCCGACGGAGGCAGUCCAGCGAGCGCCAUGAAAGGAGCUGUUCUCGAAGAAACCUACGAGUGGAUUUUGACGACAUUGGCUGGAGUGAGUGGGUUAUUGCACCCAAGGCAUUUGAAGCCUACUAUUGUGUCGGUGCCUGUGGAUUUCCAAUAUCAAAGGUUACCAGGCCAUCUAAUCAUGCCACCAUACAAAGCAUAGUCCGAGCUGUUGGGAUCAUUCCUGGGAUCCCGGAACCCUGUUGUGUCCCAGAGAAGAUGAGUCCUCUGCCUGUGCUCUACCAGGACGAAGACAACAACCCAGUGCUCAAAGUCUAUCCCAACAUGUCUGUUCAGUCUUGCUCCUGCAGAUAG